AUGCAAGCCAACAUCCUUUUUACAUCCACCCUCCCACCAACUCUCACCUGCCCCCUCUCACCCAGCUCCACCUGCUUCCUCCCACCUACUUCUCUUGCCCCCUCACAUCCACCCUGUUAUUUCACCACCCCCAUAUACAAAGACAAGGUUAGUGAUUUAAUACUAACAAUAAAAACUAUUCUGAGCAACAAAAUUGAGAGCAAAUUGCCUCAGUGUGCUGCUCUCAACUUUUUUAAAAUUCCAAGCUCAAAAAAAGCUAAACUUGAGUCAAUUCUUGACGAAAAAAAAAGCAAACGAGGCGGAGGUGCUGGUGUGUUCAUAAAGCAUGACAUCAAAUAUGUUGUAAAUGAUAACAGUGCAUUUGAUGAUGAAAAUGUCGACGUUCUCUGUGUGGACAUUGAAUCGGGUCAUGCUUCAUCUAGGGGUGUGCUAAAAAAUCGACUGUAUAAAAUAGCAGUCGCUGCACCAAACUCCGCUAAUGUUGAAAAAUAUAAAAAGUUUAGAAAUUACUUUACAUCAGUGAAGAGAAAGGCAGAAAAAAAUUAUUUUCAACAAAAAUUUGAAGAGGCAAAGAGUUGCUCCAAACAAAAAUGGGAAAUAAUAAACGGUAUAAUGAAUAGAGAACAAAACAUUCUUGAAAUCAAUAAGCUAAAAGUCGACGACAAAAUCAUCGAAGACCCAGAGGAAAUAAGUAUUCUUUUCAAUGAAUACUUCAUCAAUGGCACAGAGAAGCUAGUAUUUAAAAAUCUUCAUCCUCAUUGUCACACAAGUGAAUAUUAUCUCGAGAUGAAAAUACUCAACAUCAAAAACUUGUUCAUCUACCACGUUGCAACAUUCAUUUUUAGAUUUCUACGUCAACAAUUUUUAGAGACUUUUUCACUUUUGGAACUUCCAUUCAAGCAAGAACUACACGCCACUUUUCCAUGCUCCACCAGCCAGAAUUAA